AUGAAUCAGUCAAUAUCAACAUCAUCAUCAUCAUCAACUUCAGACACUACAUCAUCAUCAUCAUCACGUCCAACAUUAUAUCCAAAGCCAGAUAUCAACAACUUCAACAAUAUGAUGAUGAACAUUCAUUAUGAACCUGUUACUAUUGGUGACAAUGGUCAAAGGACAAAGUCAAACAGUUUCAGUGCAUUCGAGCACAACUCACCACCUACAUCACCUCUGAUCAAUGUUGCUAGACAACUCCAUAUGCUCAAGACCAACCCAUCAACACCUACACACUACACUCCGACCUCAUCACCUAUCGAAUCUCCAAGAACACAACCAAACCAACAACAUCAUCAUAGCAACAUGUUACCAUUGUUGCCAAAGAUUAGCGACAACUCAAACAACGCGCAAUCAUCAUCAUCAGGGUCACCCAACCCUCCACACACUCCACCGCAUUCAAGACAUAACAACAACAACAACAACCGAUACUCAUCAACAAGUGUGACCAACUCACCAUCAUAUCAAUCACAACGAAUACAUCAUCCAGUGGCUAUUCACAAUCAGUCACCGAUAGAGUUUGCCACACACAGCGGACAAUACAAUGGAGGCUACCCUACUGGAGGUGGACCUGGCCAUGGCCAUGGAGGGCACUACCAUGGUCAACAACACCCACAACAUGGACAUCAUCAUCACAAUCAUCAACUAAAGAGGAGGAGCAACAGUCUGGACAUCUAUGGACCAACUGACUUUGAGUUUGCCAGUCCAGGACACGCUCAUUUUUCCAGCCAGCCACCAGUUCCAACACAUCACAAUCAUUCUCGACAUCCUCAACAACAACAUCAACAACAGCAACAACAUGCCACCCUACAAUUCGAGGGCGCCAAGUCAAGAUAUGAGUCACACAAGUUCCAGAAGGAGGCAAUCCUUAUUGCAGCAUAUUACAAUGAUCUGACGGGUGUGAAGACAUUGAUAGAGGAGGGCGGCCAUGACAUGAACCAUCAAUGUAACGUCAAGAAGUGGACUCCACUCAUGCUGGCCGCGCAAUGUGGUGGUACUGAAGUCGUAGAUUACCUUCUGGAACAAAGGAAUAUACAACUUGAUCGACAAAACAAUGAUGGAAUGACUGCACUCUUCAUUGCAUCAAUGAGCUCCAAUCCCGAUCUUGUCAUCAAGUUGUUGAUCAAAGGUGCCAAUCCAAACUUGGCCAACAAUGAGGGAACAACACCAUUGAUGGUGGCCAGCUCGAUUGGUAACAGGGACUUGGUGGAUACAUUGGUUGGAUUCCGCGCCACUGUGAACCAAGUCGACAAACGUGGUUAUAGUGCAUUGAUGUAUGCCAUCAUCUAUGGAUACAAACUCAAUAACGACGAAACACACUUUAAUGGAAAAGUAGUGAGUGGUAGCAUGUUACACCAGAAAGGCAGUAUUAUACAAUUGCUGUUGGAGCAUCGAUCGAGAAUUGACACGAUUAGUAGUGAUGAGUGGUCACCUCUGAAGCUGGCCAUCAAGCACGGACCGAUUGAUCUAGUCGAUUACAUUGUUGAUAAGGACAACAAUCUACUUAUGGAGCCAGACUCGAGUGGAUGGAACUGUUUGAAUCUGGCCAUCCGUUAUUCCCCGAUCGAGGUCAUCGACCUGAUACUCGAGAAGGGUUAUCCUGUAAAUAGUCGAAUCGAACAACUUGCUUCGUUGGCAAUGCAAGCACCAAACAACAACAACCAGAACAACACAAACGUACCGUCAGUCUCGCCGUCCAGUGCAGCCAUCAUGUCCCCUCUGGCAUUGGCCAUCCAAUUUAGGAAUGUGGAUGUGGUGCAGCGUCUGAUCAAAUAUGGACUGGACAUCAGACAGCAUGGCGACCCCAAACAGAUCGUUGACUUUUGUCGCGAGUUCAACAAACCAGACAUCGAGAACUUCCUGACCAACUACACGAUCCACCAACUCCGAGCAAGCGACAACCAAUGA